AUGGCUACUGUAUCUACGCAGUCCAACACCUUCUCAAGCUGCCUAAUCGAUGUAAGCUUUGACAUGGAUGAGGCUCUCACUUUGCCUCCAAAUUUCGGCCAUCAAAUCUCCGAAUCCCACUUUUUGGUCGCCGAUAUGCCUACGGUUGUUUCGGAUGAUGUUUGCUCCGUUUGCAUGGAGCGUUUCCAGUCAGGCGUAGGUGGGAAACGAGUCCCAUGUGGCCACGUCUACCAUGCAGGUUGUAUCUCCUCCUGGCUCUCAAACUGCAACUCUUGCCCUCUGUGCCGGUCUAACGUCUCCAGUGGAAAAUGA